GGCGCGGGGCUGUUUGGAUUCAAAGGCGCUAUAAAGCAUCCCGAGCCGGGCCGGGCGGGCAGCGAGCCGCGCCAUGGCCAACCCGUCGCAGUGGCUGGAGGAGGGCGCCGGGCGCUGGCCGGAGCCGGGGCCGGGGCUGUACAGCGAGGCGCAGCGGCUGGCGCUGGAGGAGCUGGUGGCGGGCGGCCCCGAGGCGCUGCGGGCCUUCCUGCGGCGGGAGCAGCUGCCGCCCUUCCUGUCGGAGCCCGAGGUGCAGGCCAUCGCGCGGGGCGCCGUGCCGCCCGCCGCGGCCGAGGAGGAGCCGCCGUCGCUCGGCGCCUCGCCGGCCGCCUCGUCGCUCACCUACUUCCCCGAGCGCUCGGACGUGGAGCCGCCGGCGCUGGAGCUGGGCUGGCCGGGCUUCGCCGCCGGCGCCUUCCGCGGGCUGACGCGGGUGGAGGCGCACUUCCAGCCGGGCUGCGGGGACGGCGGCUGCGGCUGCAAGGAGGCGGUGCGGCGCCAGAUCCGCUCCGCGCGGCAGGUAAUUGCCAUUGUGAUGGAUUCCUUCACGGAUACUGAUAUUUUCAGUGACCUUCAGGAUGCCUACAACAAGCGCAAGGUCCCUGUCUAUAUCCUUCUUGACCAGGGCUUUCUACCCUACUUCUUGGAAAUGUGCAAGAAUUUAGGAGUCUGUCCCGAGCAGGAAAGUAUGAUGAGAGUUCGAACUCUUACUGGGAACAUAUACUACGUGAGGUCAGGCGCCAAAGUCAUUGGGAAAGUCCACGAGAAGUUCAUGUUAAUUGAUGGCAUCAGAGUGACAACGGGCUCCUACAGUUUCACAUGGACCGAUGGGAAGCUGAACAGCUGUAACUUGCUGGUGUUGUCAGGUCAAGUGGUUGAACAGUUUGACCUCCAGUUCAGAAUUCUUUAUGCCCAGUCAGACCCUAUCAGCCCUAAACGCCUGUCAAGCUCCAGGAACAGUGGGAUGUUUGAUCAUCUGGUGAGCAGAAGAGAGUCCUCUAAAGAAUACUCUGUGAAAAGCAAUUUGAGAGCAAAAUUUGCCAGGAUGUCUAGUACUCCCAAAAAAAUGUUAAAAGGACUAGAUCUGGCUGAAGGUACUCCCGGAGGCAAACCUUGUAACCUGGGACACUCUUGCAUCAGUGAAGUGGAGUGGUUCAGUGAUCAGGAGGCUACAGCGGAGCAAAAGAAUGCAUCAACUCAAACUGGCCAGUGGGAAGAGGAGCCUGCAGUGACGGUGUGUAAUGCUGGCACGCAGACCAAUGUUCUAACAGAUGAAAUUGGCACUCAAACUUCUGUUGCUGCUAGAAUGACGGGGACUCAGACCUCAGUUUUGCUGAAGACUGCAGUGACACAGACAAAGGAGGAAGAGUGUGCAGAAACACCCCUGCUUUACAGAAGGGCAUCAAAAGAAGAAUCCUUUCCACCUGGAAAGUCUGUAUCAAAUUCUAGCCUGCGAUCGCUGUCUUCAUCGUCGUCCCGGUGUUCUGUUACGAGCUCUACCAGCUCGCUCUCUUCUAUUUGUUCCAUCGAAUACUCCAGCAGUCACAGGGCAGAGUAUUUCCAGAAACUGCAUAAGGAGAGGCAAUUCCACUACUCCACCAUCAGGUCGAAGUUCAGCCACAUGGUGGACAUCCUGUCCCGAAGGAGGCGUGUGCCUGAAAACUACAUGAACCACUACACUGGAAAAUGCAAUCUAAAUCAGAGGCGAGACAUCAGUACCAGCCUGCGCAGCCUCCGGGAUGUUUCCCUCUUUUCUCUGAAUAAAUGAGAGCUGGACUGAAUGCAGAGCACAGAAGUUUGGGUUUCAAAAUGCACUUGUUUGUCUACUGAUUCUUCUAAUUCCUUCCGGUACUUGCACACAUACCAACAAGAGUAAAUCCCUUGCCAGCACUUUGUUUUAUACUAUGCAAUUUAAGUAAUAAAGAACAGGUUUUUAUUUAUACCGUAACCACUUAGAUGUUUCUCUUAUAUGCAUUAGUGGUAAAGGUGUAUAGUACUUCUGUAUACUUGACUUAGAAAGCAUUAAUAUGUUUACUCUUCAGGAUUGCUAAUUUUCUGGCUUUAAGUUAUCUAAAAGUAGAGCUUAGGGAUAUGGUUUAGUGGGGACUGUUAGUGUUAGGUCAGAGGUUGGACUCGAUGAUCUUGAGGUCUCUUCCAACCUAGAAAUUCUGUGAUUCUGUAAACUUGGAAAAAUCUGAGUCCAACUGACCUUGCUCAGAAUGACUUUAUCAAUACAUACUCUUUUCCCCUUUCUAAUAUUGGGACUUUAACUUUAUACUCAGCAUUAGGGGGAAAAAUUAAUCAUAAAGCUAUUUUUUUUCUGACUUCACAGAUUAAAAAAAAAAAAAAGAAAUAUUACCCUUCCAUUAAAGUUGUGAAAGGUCUAUGGGAACAGUUGCAGGUUCUUGUGUAUCUCUUACUGCAUUCUCUUUCCAUUGCUUAAGCAUUCUGAAAGGUACUGAAUAGGACUGAGCCAUCCAGCAAUUCAGUUAGAUCACCUUAUGUCUGUCUCUCUCUCUAUACACAUUUGUAUACAUGUGCACAUUCUCUGAGGAGCAUCUUUAAAAAGUCAAGGAAGUAGCAACCUAGCACUCCAAGACAGCCAUACCUAUUUUAGGGGAACUUUGUCCUCAGUUAACUAGCUUUUAGUUUUGAAUACUAGAAGCACCUGUUGGAUCUGUAUGAAUUUUAAUGUAAAUGUAUUAAUGAGGUGUUUGGGGGUGCAAAUCUUGCUUGUGAGCAGGAGAUGAGGUAAUAGUUGGAGCUCAGUGUCUCAUAGCAGACACUACAAUGUGCCCCUGUUGUACACCCCUUUUGGCAUAACUUUAGAAGAUGCCUUUUGUUCGAUGUCUCUCCCAGAAUUGAGACCAAGCUGUAUUCUAGCUUGGUCUUGGAGGUUUCUGAACCAUUUAGGGGAGAUUUAGGUUAGAAUUUAGGAGACCUUUCUUCUCAUAAAGAGCAGUCAGGCAUUGGGAUGGGUUGCCCAGGGAGCUGGUGGUGUCACCAUCCCUGGCAGUGUUCAAGGAAAGGCAGGAUGUGGUGCUUAGGGAUGUGGUUUAGUGGGGGACAGUGGCAGUAGGGUGAUGGUUGGACCAGAUGACCUUGGAGGGCUUUUACAGCCUUAAUGAUUCCAUGAUCUUGCUUCUGUUAAGAGACCUGUAAAUGGCAUCUUUGGGGUCAACCUAGUGGUGAAACAAUCACUGAGGACGCAUAACAAAGCCCCUGCUCAAACACACUACAAAAACAUUAUAGAUUGUUUUUAUUCUUUUACAAGGAAUUUUGAGUUUUUAUUUUUAUCCUAAGCUGUGCUUUCUGAAGUAUUCUGUUUCCUGCUCUGUCUGUAUUUUAUCCACUAAUAGGUUCUUCAAAGAGAGUUAAGUGCCUUUGUAGCUUUCAAAAAUACUCUGCUUUCAACGCUAACUGAAUCUUGGGUUAAGUCACUGCAGACACUACGCAAAUAUUUGUUAGUAUUACUGUGCAUGUGUCCAUGCUUGAUGGAUCACUUUUUUUUUAAGUAGUAUGUGAGUUUUUCCGAGUUCUCUCUGAAAUCUGACCUGUGAUAUUAUUCUUUAGACCUGUGUGCCAAUAGUUUAGUGACCAACCUGAUGUGGUAUUCUUCAGUCAAAUCAGAGUCUGGGUGAGGUAUUUCCUUCUCAUUUAUAGGCAUGUCUGUCCAGUAGGUGGCAUGUUUCAGCUGUUAUUUAUUUCCACAAGGGGCAAUGAAUGAAUAGGGAACAGCCCAAACUCCGCAGAGCUGCAACCGCAGUGUAGACAGCGGCACUUUUAUUCUACUGACUAGAACUUUUAUAUUUGAGUCCUGUAUUGACAAAGAGGCUUAGCUACUUCUAUAGAUUGGAGGUUAAAGCAGCCGGUUCUUUCCUAAAGUUGCAAGGCAGAUGUACAGAGAGGUGCAGGGAAGGGAAAAGCUGUCUGCACCUGCUUAAAUGGAUGAGGGGCACAGCUCCUAGAGCUGGAACAGAGACGAAAGGGGGUUGCAAAGAGGGAGCUGCAAUACGCAUUCAGACCAAUGUCAGAGCUGUAUUCUUAAAAGCCUCGUGUUCGGCAAUGCUUGAAUGUAUACGAAACCCACCUGAAAACCGCGUUUGUUCUCUGUACUUCUCGGUCUCGGCUUCGGUGCCCUGUACGGUUGUUUUGGAGCUCUCCCAGGAACGAUACCUUUUUUUUUUUUUUUUAUAAAUAAACUCACUUUGCCACGGGG